AAAUUUAAAUGUAAAGUUUUCUUUUUAUCUCUAUCGUGUAAUUAAAGAAACUGUUUAAAAUAAAGUAAUACAUACAUUUGUGGAAUGAAUAAUUUGAAGGACGUUAGUGGGUCCUGAACAUUUUUUGAAACAAAAGAAGAAAAAAAGAGGAUGGAUUCUACCGAGCGUCCAAAAGAGCAGACGACAGUGCAGAAAGUGGUUAAGACGAUCCUGUUGGUAGUCGUCUGGUCAUGUAUUGGCAUGUGUUUGGAAAUCACUGGACCAACGCUUAUCGACCUAAAGAUUCGAAUCAAAACCGACUACGAGUCUAUUUCCACCGCUGUGUCUGGACGCAGUGCCGGUUUCUUUAUAGGAUCUGCCAUAGGUGGCGUGCUCGUCGACAAGUUUGGUUUGUACUGUGACCUCAUGGUAGCGGUCUGCCUUGAUUUAAUGGCAGUCUCAGCAGCUGCAAUUCCAUGGGUGCCUUCAACAGAACUGAUAUUCUUUGUAAGCUUGUGUGGAGGAACUUUCGAAGGCGUUAUAAAUAUAGCUGGCCAGAAACUGAUAAUAAAUAUGUGGAAAGAAAACUCAGCUUCACCUCUUCAUAUUCUACAUGGUGGUUUUGGCAUUGGAUCUUUUAUAAUUCCAUUAAUUGCAAAUCCUUUCCUCGCAAAACUUGCACCAGACGACAAUAAUGCUACAGCAACCGGAAACGUAUCAUGUGAUUCUCAGUGUGGGUUGAAUUUCACGACAACGCCGGGAUCAACAACAACAACAGAGAAGAGGUAUUUGGCCGAGACUUCAAAAAUCGAAUACGGCUACGCUAUUGCAGGUUUGAUAGCAAUCGUGGUGUCAGUUGUGUUUUACACGUAUCACUUUUGCGGUUCAAAGCAACGGAAGCUUUUGAAAGAAGAACAGGACAACGCGACAAAUCACGAAAAAUCUGAUACCAGGACUUUAUCCUUUAGAGAAAUGUUUAAUCCUGCCACUUGUGCUGGUGGACGAUUUCUGUAUGGUAUAGAAAUAUUUGUGCUAGUAUUUCUGUUUUUCAUGCAAGCCGUUGGUGGGGAAAGAGUUGGAGGUAAAUUCAUACGCGCAUUUUCGAUUGACUACCACCACUUCUCAACUGACGAUGGUUCGUAUAUUAAUACUGUAUUUUGGAUAGCAUUUGCUUGCGGGAGGGUUUUAGGUUUCAUUGUGGCAAAGUGGAUUCCAAUCAGAAUUCUUAUUUUGAUAGAAACAGGUGGAUGUCUUGCAUCAUCUAUUGCUUUGGUAUUCCUAGGAACUUCAGGACCACUAGCUUUAUGGGUAAUCAUGCCAAUACUAGCUGUCUUUAUUGCCCCACUCUUCCCGUCAGGAAUAGGUUGGGCAAAUUUCCAUAUAGAAGUCACUGGAAUCGCUAUUACAGUAUUUUUACUUGGCGGAUCUCUGGGUGGAAUUAUUUAUAUGAAGUUGAUAGGAUUCUUGUACGAUCAUUAUGGUCCGGAAACGUUUCUUUACACCUUACUGGGGUACGGCAUCGCGGCAUUUGUUCUUGCUGUUUUAAUGGAUGUAGUUGGAGCGCAACAUGGCAGCAGGUUUAAUAAAGAUAAUACAGAUGACACAAAAGAUAUAGAAAUGAAAAAUGAAUGGUUAACUGAGAAAUUGGAAGAGGAUAACAAAGGGUAUGAUGCAUCUGAAAGUGUAAAAGAUAACGAAAAAACAGACAAUCCUCCUAGUUAUGACUCAUACCAGACGUUCAAAAGGGAUAAUGUAAAAGAUAAUGAAUUUCAUCCUACCAGUGAAAGACUGUAAUGACUUUUGUCUCUUUGUACAACAUAAAUGUAGACAAACUAUGUAUAAUUGAAAGCAAUUUGCGUUAAGACAAUUUUAAUUAUCAGUCGAUGAUUGAAAUACAAAAAAGCGGCGCAAUAAUUUGAUCUUCUUACCAUAAUUACAUCUAUUGCAUUAACAUACGGGAUUCUUUUACUAACUGUAUCAAAAAUUCCUUUAUUUAUAUUUCAAAUGUUGGCCAGGCUUGUGCUUUAUGAUCUAUUGUGCAUGAUAAACAUGCUUUUAAAAGUCGUUCUUGAAAGAACCCGCCAAGUCGUUCUAAAAAGAACUUGUUUGUGUUUGUGAAGCGACAUCAUUCAGCUCCAUUUCCUUUGAUUUCCCGAAUUAACUUUUGAAUAAGCAAUGUAUAUAUGAAAUAAAAAAAAAGUG